UGAAAGAUAUACAACUCUCUGUUAUUCUUGCCAAGUCUCGAAUUCAGGGUCUGGUUUUUGAGAUUCACGAGAUUCUAAGUUACAUUUCCAUGUCUUUACUUCAUGUAUUGCUGAUUUUGAUUGUGGGUUUUUUGUUUUGAGACUUUUAAUGCAAGGAAUGGCUGAAAUAGUUGGGGUUUUGUUUGAUGGGAAGAGAUCAAAUAUUAGGGUUUGGUAGCACAAGAUCUGGUUUUAACCAAUAAGUUGAGAUUUUGGGGAUUUUGGUAAUUUAACAUGGUAUCAGAGCUCAGACCGGUUGAGUUUGAACACCUAACCCCAAUUGUUACCCAUGGGCCAUGAUUAUUUCACUCACCUUUUUGUUUUUCCCUUUGUGCCCUUUGUAGAAUUAGGGCCUUGGAUUAUGCAUCUCUUUUCUUAUUGAGCUUGUUAUAUUGUUGGUUAGUAAAAUUUUAGUAUGAUAUUGUCCGUUGUGUGCUGAAUUGAAACUCAAAUGGAUUUAUUUUUCGGGCAUCUCUGGCUGCUUAUAUUGAAGACAAUUCAUCUUUGUUCUCUUUGAUGCGGGGCUUAUGUGAAGAACCCCCUACAAUUUGCCCUCAAUACGUCUGAUAUUUUGAGUUUUUUGCGAUUAAAGUCUCUGGCAUUGGUGAAUGACGAGUAACAUGGAUGAGAAAAAGGGUAAAGAUCCUUUUUCUGGGGUUAAUGAGGUUGUUAAGCAGAAAUAUCUCUUUGGGAAAUAUGAAGAAAAAGAAAUGUUGACAAAGCUCAAGUUUCUAGCUCUUAAUCAUGACAAGCCAGGAAUAACUCCCAACUCUAUUAGACCUCUCUGGGAUCAGACUCUUCGAGUACGAGAAGUCAUGGCUCUGACUAACUAUCCACUGAGAAAGCGAAAACUGCAGCAGUUUCUGGUAGAUAAUUUCGAACGCGGGGCUCAAAAGUUAAGGAAUGAACAAAAUGAAGCAAAGCUUAGAAGAGGAAAGUUAUCACAAGCCUCCUCUGCUUCCUGUGUGCUUAAUAUGACUGAUGAUAACAUGCCUAAAAGAAUUCUCUUGAACUCGCUUAGUUCAGGUAGUUUAUUGACAUCAGGGGAUAAUUCCGAAAGGCUACCCUAUGUAAGUUCCAUUAUGGAAAAUGCCAAAGACUGGUAUCAGUCGGACAAAAUAACAUCUCUUUUAGUUGACAUCAGUGGAUCAGUCCAUGAUUCAAACCCUGUUACUCCCGAAUAUGUGAAUAUCGAGGAAUCAGAAUCGCUGCAUUUGCAGGAGGGUUCAAAUCUCUCAAACUUGGAAGAAACCAGAUAUGAUUGCCCACCUUCCCGAUCAAACAUGAUAAUCGAUUUUCUGUGCGAUCAGUUUGAGAGGAUGGCUGUUCCAGUGGGUCAUCACUUUCAGGCUGACGUUCCUGAAUGGGAUGGACCAUCCAGUGAGGUAUAUUUGAAAGGAGAUCCUGAUACCUCAAGGUGGUUGGGCACAAAAGUUUGGCCACUCGAAAGGCGUAAUGUGAAAGCUACUUCAGGAGUAACUGAUGAAGGGAAGCUAAGCUCCUCCUGCUCUUGUGCCUCCCCGGGAUCGGCUAACUGCAUCAGGCACCAUAUUCUUGCGAAAAGGCGCCUUUUGCGAUCGGAACUAGGCCCAUUAUUUCACAUUUGGAAGUUUGACGAGAUGGGGGAAGAAGUUUCCAAGUCAUGGACGGUGAAGGAACAAGAAAGCUUUGACUUGAUUGUGAAAAGAAAGUCCAGCAGUAGUAAUUUCAUACGGAGUGCGAUGAAAGCCUUCCCGUCUAAGUGCAAGAAAGACAUUACUAGUUAUUACUUUAAUGUCUUCAUUCCUAGAUUUAUGAGUUCUCAGACCAGGUCAUUGUUAAAAGAAGUUGAUGUUGAUAUUGAUGAUGUGAAUGAUGUGUAUACGCUAAAUAUAAGGAGAAGUCCCAAAGAUAGGAGCAGUUCUGGACGCAUUCGUAAGGAUGUAAUAUCGAAAAAGUGGCGUCACAAUUGAUCUUUCCGUUUGUGCUCUUGCAAGGUUUGUCAAGGUUCAUCUAUCAAUUACAUGGGGUUGGCAAGUGUGGUUGCUGUUGUGGAACUCUCCUCUUUUUUUUUGUUGGGCCUUUAAGGAAGUCAUCCAUCUCAAAUGAUUAUAUUCGCCUCCCCUCAUGUUUUAAAAACACGCCUUACCUUGCUUUCGCUUUACUCAUUUUGUACUCAAAUGGUUGCUACUUCGGAGUGUGAGGAUCUUGGCUGAUUAUAUAGAUUAUAUAGACUAAUCAGCCUAGGCAAAGACGGUUCUUGAUUUCAUGUCGUUAUACUAUACUUUCAGAUCUUUACUUGUGUUUCCUUGAUAUAUUAAACUUUAUGUUGGAUUCACUAA